CCCGGCCGGCGGUCGACGUUCCACGCCGAUGUCGGAUGAUUUUCAACGGAUCUGGGGAAAACACACGUCCCCGCACCUGCGAUGAUGUAACGUAGAUAAGCGCGUCUACGUACGCGCGACUCCUCCGACGACUUUUUACGCAAGCCCCGGCGGAAAAAUGCAUGCGCUCUACGCCAGUAGGGAACAGAUUCUACACACGUUCACGCAUGUGGAUAUGCAGCGUGGGGAGAUAAAGGUCGAGGGAGAGAGAAAGAGGAGUCGGUGUACGUAGGAGGGUGUAACAGUGUUCGCGGUGCGACGACGAAGGCGCUUCGGGUCGUUGAAGACGAGGUGAGGGAGGGAAAUAGUCGUCGUCGUCGUCGUCGUCGUCGUCGUCGUUGGUUAGCGGAGAGUAGUGUAGUCGAAUGGAGAGUCAGUGGCAGGCGGCCCUUCGCUCCGUUAGGAUCGUGGAGUUUACGUCGCUCGGCAACUCGAGCCUCGCGACCACGUGCGCCAUGUGACAGCUGACAACACGCGUACGGAAUAUACACACCCAGUCGGACACACCUCGGACGUAUCCGAAAUAUAAGAAAAAGACGCGUGUACGAUUGAUAAAUUUAUGGCUACCGGGUAUCCGAUCGGUUCUAGCGUGGCUACGAUAUAGUACCGAUAUAGUACUCUCUACGCGUUAUCGCGCUAAAGUCUGUUGAAUUAUUUCAAACGAGAAAAAACGAAACGAAGAAAAAUAAUUCAAUUUUCGCUCUUUUUCUCUUCAAACGUGUUCGUUACGAUAACUCGAUUCACCGAUGUGACCGCGUACUUGUACGAUUUUACAAGUGAAACGGUUUGGUGUUGAGAAUAAAAAAAGAUUUUCGUUUCACUGAUAUAAUUAGGACGAGGUGACUCGGUGUGACACUGGACUAAAUUUCGAUCAAUCAAUCGCUCCAGGUUGCAGUGCGCAUCCCGGCGAUAAUCGUCACUUGCAUACGAAAAAGUGAAACGGGGAAAUCGAUUUGAAAAAAAUCAUCCGUCGCCGCAAUUGGAUGCAAAAAUUGAGAAAAAAUUAAUCGAUAUGAAAUUAACGUCGAAUCGAAACUCAACGGGGUUUCAAGUAAAACGACGAAAGUAUCGGCGACAAAUCGUGCUAUCGAUGAGACAGACGUGAACAAUUGAAGUUCCUCGUUGAUGGAUGUUUUUUCGUUUUCUUUUCCUUUUUCGUUUUUUAUUUUAUCUUCUCUUCGCGCGAACUUUCUUCGCAACUAUCGUUCGGACAACUGUGCCACGUCGCGAGUGAUUGAAAAUUUGAAGAAAUUAUCACCGUUAAACGACUAUCUGGUGAUUAAGAAGUAUAAAUACAAAAAAAGAAUUAAAUAAAGUAGAAUCAACGAAUAAUCGAAGUCGCGAAUAAAAUCGAGGUCAGUGUUGUGCAGCAGUUAUAUAUACAUAUAUACUUGAUCUCUUGGCGAGAAAGAAAGACACCUCCUCUCUCUCUCUCCGUUCGUCGGGAUAGAAGUUUGUUACCAAGAGAAUAAAGAAAAAUAAGGGAGUAAAAAAGGAGUGAUAAAGAAAAGAGUUGAGAAGAAAGGAGGAACACACAAAAGUCGAAAAAAUAAGACAAAAAAAAAACAGAGACAACAAAAAAAAAACAAUUAAACAAGAGGAAAAAGAAGAGUCCACCACCGACCGUAUCACGGUAGAGAGGACUCGGCGAGGAGAGAACAUUUCUGGGCACGCGCACUUCACCUGCUGUUUCGCCGUGGCACGCGCCACCUUCCCCUCCAUCUUCCGUCUUCUGUCCCUCUUCUCCCCCACUUCGAUUCCCUCCCUUUUCCCCCCUUGGAUCCCCCACCCCCACCCCCGCACGCGUGCCACCGGCCACAACCCGCGAAGCGCGAGCCUCUCCGCCGUUUCGAGAGUCCGGAGUCAAUCGCUCGCGGACUUCGACAGGGCGAGCAUCGCGCGGCUCUGGGUGCCUCCUGGCUGCCGCCUUCGUCUAAUACUUAACGACUCUUAACGAAUAAAUUAAUUAAACUGAUCGAUACAAACGAGUAGAUUUCAUUUUAUGUACAUCGAAAACUAAACCGACGUAUGCCUCGUCUGGCUUGUCCAUCCGUCCGUCUAUAUCUGUCUGUCUGUAUUUGUCUUCGCAGAUACACCGUACACACGAUCGUCGCUGAGCACACUAGUCGUCGUCAUUCGUCGUACUAAUUUCGUUGUAUAUUUUCCGUUUGUUUUUCUUUUUCUCUGGUUCUUUGAUUUUUCGAAGAAAGAAAAAAAAAAAAAUUAGAAAAGAAAAGAAAGAAUUUUCCCUUACAUCGGAUGGUCGAUGUCUCGUCAUCCCUAUCGAGAAAGAUACUCGAUUGAAUGUAACGGAAUUUCUGCCGCACACUGCGUUAAAUGUAACGCUGGCCGCAUAAUAAAAUAUAUACUCCUCCAUAAAUCAUAGGCGGCCCGGAAGAUUACAGUCCGCACUUGGUUAUAAACCGUACGGAGGAUAAUGGGGAUUAGUAGUUUUACCACUGAGAAACUUUGAUAUCGUAUGCACGUUAAAAUGAUCCAGUGAAUGAUCGAUGUCUCUUUUAUAAAUCUUCCUAUAAAAAAAGAAAAGCAACAAAAAAAAAUCAUAUGCACGCGUACAACAUCCGAUCGUUGAAUCCGGCCGCAGACGAUUCUGAGACGAAUUAUAAUAUUUUGAAGAAAUAAAAGGCGAACCCUGAUUAUCGUAGAGAAACGAAGAACCGGUGGACAUCAGGUUGCAUCGAGAUUGAAAAGAAAAAAAGGAAGAGAAGUCUCGACCAAGUUUUCAUAUUUGAAAACAGCAUCCACCUUUCAACCUUCUACUUGUCUGCCUGCUCGUGUUCGAGAUAUACACCGAAAUACAGAUACACAGACGGAAAUAGUUGACCGAAGAGAGAAGCCAGUAGCAGCGCCUCGACGAAGUGACACCCUUCUUAUACUUCUUCUUACUACUGGCUGGCAGGCCGACUUAAACGGUCGAUGAUAGCGGUCACCGUGCAGCAGCGGUAAACGUCACCAAUAAUAUUCGUCGUCGUCGUCGUCGUCGUCGUAGUCGUCUGCUCCGUUAUCGCGGUGUGAUGCGAUACGUUGGAUGAGAUUUAUAUAAAAUAAAAAAAAGGAAAAAACAAAUUUAUAACCAUAUUUAUAAAAUACUGUAAACAUCGCAUAACUUCCCAGUGACGUUUAAAACACAUCCAUUCGAGGCGUGUGUACGAUAAGUUUUUUUUUUUUUUGGGUGCUGCUGUUGAAUUCAGCGAAUAUCGUUCGAGGGGAAAUUUUUGCAAAUCGAAGAUAACCGAAACGAACAAAUUUCUCUUUUUUUUUUCUUUCAUCGAGAAAAUCUUCUCGCAGAGACGACAGUUUGUGGCUUUUUUUUUUCCCUCGGUCAAUGUGAAAGAAAACUUAAGCGGGCUACAAUCUCAGAGUGUGGAUACAAUAAAAUAUCAAAGUUUUCACGAAUCACGUUCGCGUACAAUUUUCCAUCGAUGGAGUGUUCUCCUUUUUUCAUCAUUAUUAUUAUUAUCAUCAAAAGGAGCACCACGACGAUCGACUCGAGUUAAACCGUACGCGAUACCACCACCUGUUGACGUUUUACGAACCGCCUCAUAAUUAUAUUUCCUCCUCACUGACGGACCACAAGCAUUCCACGUCACCUUCAAGGUUUCAAAAAUAUUCCCGUUGACGCGGAGUGAACGAUAAAAAAAAUAAAAAAACAAAAAAAAAAACAAAAAAGGAAAGGAAAGGAAAGGAAAGGAAGACACUGACAAAAAUCCACACGACGUAUAAAGCGAAAGCGUAAGAAAAAAAAAAAACGAAUAAAGAAAAACGCGGACGUGGAUUGUGUAAAACAACGAAAUAAAGAGAGAGGGAAAACGAAUCCUCCACUUCAUCGAGCUAACGAACGACGUCGGGCGUCUCGACGUAAACAACAAACAGAUAGUGUAAACAACAGCUUCUGUGACACCGGUGAAGUGCAAUUGUUCCCCGACAGUGUUUCUCGCGUCUGCCGAUCGGAAUCACCCCGGAGAUAAAUCCGCUCAGAGUAAACGUUCGCCGGAGGGUUGAAUCGCGGAAUGUUUUGACGUUUGUGAAACGAUUAGGCGAGCGUGAUUAUACGAACCAGGAAUUCGAAGGUCGGGCAAAAAAACUCUUUGUGGAAUGUGCGUCGCUUGACGGUACCGAGGACAGGCUUCGCGGUUCGAUCGGAGUCGAGUUGGCGAGAAGCUCGGCUUAUCGUUCGCUCGGAUCGUCUCGGACUUUAAAGAUUCCCGGUGGGGUGGCGGGCGGGUCAAAAGUCAACGUGUGGUUGUGCGACGACGUCGGGACGGAGAGUUUCGUCGACUCGUUCGAAUCCUAGAAGCUAAAGAAGACGAACGGAAAAUAAAUGAACUCUUCUUUUCUAUCCCCCUCCGCACACUCUCGUUCUUCAACCGUACGGUUAACGAUCAUAGGGGAUCGCGUUGCCGCGGAGGUGAAAGUGACGAUUGCGGAGCGAACCGUCCGCUUCGCGUCUCGCUCGAGUGAAAACUUCUGACAUUUUUGAUUACGCCGAGAACUCGGGCGAUUACCGAUUGUCGUGAUCUUCAUCCCCCGCGCGUGUGUCUUCAACACCGGGAGUUAAGUGACCGAGUAAUAGAUAAAGAAAAACAAAAGAACAAUCGAGUGCGACCGGUAGAGAAGAACUAUAGCAAAGAGACGGUGAAUUUCACCCCGUGACCGGUGGUGAGCCGUAGGAACGAUAUGAGGAGCGCGAUAUCGAAGCGCCUCGGUGAAACGUGGUUGAGGCGCGUAGUGUAAAAAGUGUGUGUUACAGUCGGGCGUCGCGACGCUGAAUGUUGCUUGACACGGAGUUGUCGUACGGAGUUGGUUACGUUACGUACGUAAAGAGUAACGCGGCAAAGUCGUGCGGGGACGGGGCGUCGCGUGGUGGCUACGUUGCCAGAUCGUGAAAACGUUUUAAAAGUUUUAUGAAAGCCAGUAGCCUACGUCAGUAAAGUAAGGCCGCAACAUUCAGCGAUCGAGUCGAACGUGUGGUUGGCGAUCGUGAGUGUGCAGCGGCGAUAUACGCUCCUCCGUUAACGCACGUACACGCGCACGCACGCACGCACACACACGGGCCCACAUGAACUUGGAAACAACAAUCUACCGGUGAUACCGUACGUGUUGGAACACACGAUUCGAGUGACACUUUCAUCCGGGUGAAAACACAACGGCAACGAACGGAGAGCCCGUGCAGCAACUUUGAGAGAAAGGGAUAAGGAUAUAUCGAGAUAAAAAAAAGGCGAGAUCAAAACUAGACGGACGUGAUUAGAGAACGACAAAAAAUAAAUCCUCCCGUUGAGCGAAGAAAAUAUAGUAGAAACAAUAAGAAGAUCGAUAAACGAACGGAAAUUUUGUACACCCUGCGAUCGGCGACCCAGUGGAUACAAUAGAUACGACAACUGCGAGGAGAGUGUUCGAAAUUUUGGAUUUUUCCCUCGCUUUCCCAUCGAUUGCAUUUUUUUCAUCGGUCGACAGAUAUUUUCGCGUUAAUCUCGUCCGCGGAGUUCGACUUUUCCCCCCCUCCCCUCUCCGAGUUUGGAUCCCCGUUAUUUCAAAAUGACCUUUAAAUUUCGCUGAUGAUAAGGGGAACGUAAACAGGCAAGGAAAGCGAACGAGCGAAGACGAGCCGAGUGCGUAUCGGGCGCGCGCGCGUGUUCGAGACAACGGCUCCGUUCGCCUUCUCGCGUUUAUGGAACUCCAGUGAAAAAAAAAAAACAACAAAAAACAAAAAAAACAAAACAGUGCUCUCGAAUAAAUUUCCCAUAUAAUUUCGGGGGUGCGCCUUUAAAAACCAAGUAAGGAAACGAGGCGGUUGGUGAGGGGGAUGGCGGCCCCCCCUCAGCCAGGGCCCCACGAGCGGGUACCCCUUCUGUGAGGAGAAAGCCUCUGUCUACCUCACCACAUCACGCAAAUUCACCAAGAUUCUCUCGACAGAUACGGACGUCUCCGACCAGAGAGACUCAUAACCGAGCGAUUGCACCUGGAAUGAUGGUACGUACGUGCGCUGACGUGGGUUCCUACUUGACGAAUGGCCGUCUGGGUAACCAGCAGAAAUUCUUGAAGCGAACGGCGGAGGAGUUGGAGCCCACGGGCGGCGGAAGCGGGGACGGAGGAUUCGGGGAACCCCCUUCGAAACUGCAAUGCACGCAAGCGCAGCAGCAUCAGCAGCAGCAGCAUCAGCAGCAGCAGCAGGCCCCGGGGAGCGGCGGCGGCGGCGGCGGUGGCGGAGGACCUCAUCAUGGCCACGGCCAGCAGCAACAACAUCAGCAGCCGGGUAACGGGGCGAACUCCUCCGGCCCCCAGCAGCAGCAGCAGCAGCAGCAGCAGCAGGGCGGCAACGAGGGGCUGACCAAGUUCUCCGUGGAGAUCGUUCAGCAAUUGGAGUUCACAACUUCGGCGGCCAACUCGCAACCCCAGCAGAUAUCGACCAACGUCACGGUCAAGGCCUUGACGAACGCUUCCGUGAAGAGCGAUCACGUGAAUUCGGCAUCGCCGAAAUCGGGACCGGACACGCCGGCGUCGGCGACGUCCAGGACGCAGGGGGGCGGUGGCGGAAUCGGUUGCGUAGACCUCGGCAAUCUGGUUGAGUGCAAGCAGGAGCCGGACAACGAGUUCGUCGAUCUCGAACAGUGCGCCGCGGCGCUGGAAAAGGACGCGGCGGCAAACGGGGCUGGAUUCCCCGGUUUUUCCGACUUCAUCGGAGACGACACCGGCGACGAGAUAAUAACCUCCGACGCCUUCAAAGACCUGAUAUCCGAGAUAUCCGAUUUUCAUCCGGAGUUCAUGAAAGACUUCGACUUCGAGGACAAGGGGGUCGACACUCUGGCGAACAACGCGGCCAACAACGUGGCGGUCAACAACGGACAGAUCAAGGUCGAGGACGACAAGGACGCGAUACAUCAGCACAACAACAACAACGGGACCACCCUACCGUCGAACUCGAGUCCCGGGGCGCUCGGAUCGUCGCAGUAUUCGCCCGCCCGUUUACCCUACUCCGGUCUCGAUUUCAAAACGGAAAUGAGCCCAGCGGCCCAGACUCUGAAACAAAUGGCCGAGCAGCACCAGCACAAAAAUCAGCAACUGGGCCUCGGCGGUUUCAAUCCGACGUCAGCGGCUACCAGAGGACCGGCGGCCAGGUCGCCGUACGCGGAAUUUCCGCAGUUCGGCGGAGCGUCCGAUUACCUCGGCAGUCCCGGUAGCAACGGUCCACCGGGUCCGGGACAGCCGCAGACCGCCCAGACGACCGGCGCCUAUCACAAGCCGAACAAUACCGCGAACUUCCAAAAUCAACAAACGGCCGACAUGUUCGCCGCCCAGUCACAGUUCUCCGGUAUAGGUGACAUGAAACGGGCGCAAACCGCCGGUGGCAAACCGACCAUGAUGGGACCCACCGGUGGAUACAAACAACAGUAUUCUCCCUACGGUAGUCCGGGAUCGAUGCCGAACCACGGCAGUCCCGGUUAUCCCCUGCCUCCCAGAGGGGCGCAAGCCGGAGGUGGACCGAAUCAGACGGGAUCGCAAGGACCUUUCACCAGUUCGACGCCACCCAGACCUCCGUCGGGACCCGGUACAUCCACCCUACAGAUAAACCAGGCCCAGCAGCUACACAUCUCGAAUCCAGGGCAUCAGAUACAGGUAUCAGCUGGACAACACAUGCAGCUCACCGGUGACCUUAAACCGGGGGUAUCGGUCGCGGCACAGCAGGGAAUGUACUUCAGCCAACAGCAGGCCCAGAAUCAAUCGGGCCCUGCCGGCGGCCAGGGCGAUACGUAUUGCUCGGUAUCUCAGUCGCAAACGAUAAAUUUCACCCAGCAAAGUCUCAGGCAGAGAGCCGCAGCUACCGGCGGCGUUCCGCAACCCGGAGGUGCGGCCGGGGCGAGAGGUCAUCCGCAGCAGGUACCUCCCAACCAAGUCGAUCACCAACACGCGAAACUCAUCCAACAACAGCAAAUGAUGAGAGCUCAACAGGUGAUGCAACAACAGCACAUGGCGGGUGGAAUGGGGGGUGUUCGACCUCCGCCACCGGAGUACAAAGCGGCUCAAGCCCAGAUGAUGCACGCCGGUAUCGGAAUGGGUGGUCAGGCGAGAUUCCCUACCGCAGGACCUAUGAGAAGAGUUACUCAGCAGGCGAUGCCUCCCUCCGGUCCGAUGAUGAGGUCGCCUAUGGCGCAGCAACAGCAACAACAAGCUUUGCACGCUGCCGGCGGAAAUAUGUACAUGGGUGCGGGUGGCAUGAGCGCUAUAGGCGGAAUGCACCAAAUGCACCAACGGCUCGGUUACCCAAGAACGAAUAACCAGCGGCCGCCGAACGUCAGCGUCGGUCCACCGGAUGGUAUUGGAAACAGUAUAGCUGGUCGUGGUGCCCCGCAAGAAUGGCGGCACAUCAUGAUGCACCAGCAGCAAGGUUUUCAAGCGCAGAUGCGGCCCCAGUUCAACCAGCAAGGUCAUCAAGGUGGCUUCGGGAUGGGCGGUGCCGGUGGAAUGCAGAUGAGCGCGGCUCAGAUGCAGCAUCAACAGCUGAUCAGAUCGCAAAGUGGAGGAAUGGGCGGCGCCGGGAUGGCAAAUAGUUCUCAAAUGCAACAGCUUCUAUCUCAGCAACACCAACAGCAAAGUUUAGCUAUGCAGCAAAGCAACAACCAAAUGUCGGUCCAGAUGCAAAUGUCACAAUCGACGUCAGUCAAUUCGGUUAGCAGCGCUGGGACAGGAUCUCCUCUCCAUCCGCACCAGCAAUACGGUUCCGGUAGCCCAGGAGUUCGGAGUCUGCCACAGCAGCAGCAGCAACAACAAUCCCAACCUCCCCCAACGCCGCAGGACUCCUCGGUGGCAACUGCUGCCGAUUUCAGUCUUGAAUUCCUUGAAAAUCUUCCCACGGGAGAUACAUCGAACUUUAGUGCCCAAGAACUCCUCAAUUCCUUGGAUUCUACGGCAGGUUUCAACCUCGAUAUUCUGUAAAGACUCGACAACCGCUGAUCCUGAGUCUAGGUGAACGUGCUAAGCUAACAAUCGACGCCUCUCUCCUCCUACCCUCGAAUAAGUGCAAAUAUGAAUGCGUGUCGUUCAUGAAAAGCCAAGAAUGGUUUCAGGUUGCAGACUUUGUCGUCCCCGAAUAAUAUCGCAACGCGAUAUGGACAACAUGAAUUGCUUCGAACCAUUCUCAGGGGGGUAGAGAAGAAACGGGAAGUAAUCAGUCCUCAAAAUUUCGAUAAUCCAGAUCGAUUUCUCGAAAGGGAUGAACCCGCGGGUAGGUGUCUUUUUAAAACUAUAAGAAUAUAUCUCUAUAUACACCUAGAUAUACCUAUUAUAUAUAAAUAUAUUUCUCCGUUUUUUUUUUUUUUCUCCACUUCUUUGUACUCAAUUUGUCUCGUACCCGCAAACCCGUUUGCUACCAAUUUUUUAUCUCUUCGUCUCUCCUCGUCUCGUCCCACCUUCUCUGCUGGCAAUACAGAGCACAACCUCUACGUAUAGGAUUAUUAAUUGAGCAGAUAAAUUAAACGUAUAAUCAACGGAAAGGAAAUGUGUCGGAGUGUAAUCUCAAUAGGGGACAAAAAAAAAAUAAGAAAUAAAAAAAUUUCUUAAUUGUCAAUCAAUAAUUAGCAUAAAAAUGAGAAAAGAAAAAAAAUAUAUUAAAAUAUUAAAACAACGGUAAAACAUAAUGAAUCUCGCAGCGAGCCUUGUAAGAUUGAACAUGAAGUUCGUUGCUGUCUGAAAUAAUCAUUACAUUCUGUCGGUCGAUCGUGAAGAAAAUUUAGAAAAAACCAAACUAAUAAAUACCGGAUCUGAUCGGACCCAAAAUAAAAUUAUACUACUCCACGCAGCUAUAUGAAUCGAGCGAGUAGUGACUCGCACAGUAUUCUAAACUUAUCGCCCAAACGUCGUUUCUCGAGGCACGCGUAUCCGCGGAGUUAGUCCGCGUAUUGAUUUUGGUUUAGCCUGCAAUUUACCCCGGUGGCGAAUGCAGUUUUUUAUCAAGAAUAUUUUUCUUCUCUCCCUGCUGAUAAUUCAUAUGCGGAAACUCGUAGUAUAAACUGUAUUGCACACUUUAUCAGAUCUCUCUGCAUCGAUUUGGGCCGAUAUUUACUUAAUUUGGGGCCGAUCAGAUCUCAGGUGCGACGGAUGGACCCGACGUCCGAAGGACGUAUAAAAACCGAGGACAGCGCUCAAUAAUACGUCUGUCCUCUUUAGUUUAUUUUAUUUUUUUAUACAUACAAUUACACUUAGAUAUUAUCGUACUUUAGUUUAGUCAUAUUUCUCUAGGGAAAUAACGGAAUAAGGACGGAAAAAUGUAGACUGUGCAGAAGAGAUUCGAAGGUGCGAAAGUUAUGAAUCCUUGUUUGUUUCAUCUAUUCUCUGCUUCCUAUACGCAAAAAUGUAAGUAAGUCCUCUGCCGUGUAAAUAUACAGAUAUCAGUUUAUUAUCGAGAGAAUAUAUGUCUCCUCCCCAUCACCAUCAUUAUUUGUAUUAUUAUUAUUUUAUUCUAUCUUAUUUUAUUCUAUUUCAUUUUAUUUUUAUAACAUAUUAUAUUAUAUUACGUUGUCUUUGUUUUGCGUUGCGCUGUGAAUAUAUAAAACCGAACCUAGCGUUACAUUAGACGUAUAUCUACCAAUUUAGAUAUUUACCUAAUUUUAUCGCAUAUUAUUAAUUAGUGGUGAGAGUGCAUAUAAAAAAAAAAAAAAAGAACAGUCCUAUUACUUUUAAUUUCUACUUUAUUUUAGUACUCAAUACCCGUAUUUGAAUCGCGGUUUUUUUUCUUUUUUGUUUUGUUUUUCAUUUUGAAUUUCACAACCAGAAGUUGACAUAUCCGUAGUUUUACCUGAACCUUGGUCGUGAACGCGCCAUAUUUAUUUUAUCGCAUCGAAUAACCUGAUUCAAUUUUCCGCACAGUCUACCAAACUAAAUAAAUUAUAAUAAUAGUAAUAAUAUGAUUAGUAAUAAUGAUAAUAACAACAACAAUAACCAUAUAUAAUAUACAUUAUCAAAUGAUGAUAGUAAUAAUUAAUAAUAAUCAAUAUAUAACAAUACUAACAAUAACAUCAAUAAUAAUGAUAAUAAUAGUAAAAAUAUAAAUAAUAUUAAUAAAUUAAUGAAACACUAUAUUUAAAGUAUGUGUUACUUAACCAAAAUAAUUUUACUAAAGAAUCUACGCAGAGUAACUCCGAUAUAUACCUAACUGUCCAGACAAUUUCAAAAGCUUUUGCAAGAGAGUGACAUGACGGCAGAACAGUGACCAUUAUAAUUAAUAAUAACGAUAACAUUAAUAACAAUACUAAUAGUAAUAAUAGUAAUAGUAAUAAUAAUAAUAAUAAUAAUGUUCAAUGAAUAAUAAAAGGAAUAGAAAGAAUGAUAGGAGAAGUAAUGAUGAUAAUAUAAUUACAGGUGAUUAUCUACGUUACAGAAAUAUACAGGGACAAUAUGUGGAAACUGGCCAGUCUGUACGCCUGACUAGUGUUAACUUGACGUGCGCGGCGUAUGAAGUGGCCAGUUUCCACAUAUUGUCCCUGUAUAAACAUUAAACAUAUAUGUAUAUAUCUAUAUAUAUAUAUAUAUGAACAGGAGUAGAAAAUUUUUAAACGAGAAAACUUUUGAGCUGAAUAAUAGGCUUGGGGAAGUUUGAGGUGAGACGAAAGUAGAAUCGGUGAUAGCAAUAGUGUAAAUAUCGGUAUGACGAAAGUAUUUAAUUAAAAUCACAUACGAUGAUGUAAAAUGCGUGAGAGAUGAAUAAAAAUGAAGAAAAAGUCAAUUAUAACUAUUCUUGAAACAAUGAAAGAAUGAAAAGAAAAAAAAAACGGAAACAAUAAACUCGAUGACAUUUGGCUAAAGUUGUAAGUAUACAUAGCCAAUCUCGUCAUUAACUAAAUCAUAGACCGCUUCUAUGAUGUAAGUGAACCCCUCCUAAAUAAUAAAAUUAAAGAAAAUUAAAAAGCAUAUUACUAGGUGAAUAAGAAUAUUAAACUUUCAUUGUACAUAGAUAUUAUAUACUAUACAUACAUUUACUUAGCGAAAUUUAAAAAGAAAAAAAAAGAAAAGAGGAAGAAGAAAAAAACAGAAAAAAUAAAAAUAAAGUUCAUCUACCGCUAAGAUAAAUCAAUAAUCUACGAAUUAUACGUUGUAGAUUAUUACUAUUAUUAUUAUAAUUAUAAUGUAUUAUUAAUGAAAAAAAAAACCAACAACAAAAGAAAAUGAAAAAGAAAAGAAAAGUGACGCGUGUAGCGAUGCUUCGGCGAUAAAGUGCAUUUGACAAUUGAUGUAUUUAUUAAGUUUAGAUCGAAUGCACUAUGUCGCCAGACAAUAUGGCACACAGCUGUUCGCAGUUACGAUGGACCCUUGUACACUUAAUCAAAUUAAACGGUCGACUAUCCCAGGACCUACAUCCAUCUACAUUGAAUAUGGAAUUCGGAAUUCCAUUCAAUCAGUUGAAUUUGGAUUCGUUUUUUUUUUUUUCUUCCCCAAUAAACGCGAGCAGAGAAUUCAAAUGAUCAAAGAAUGAUAUGUCAUGUUGAAUAAAUAUUCUUAACAAUAGGAUCUAUUUCGACACGGUUUAUUGUAAUUAAGUGAGAGGGGUCUGCGAGUGGCUAAUCUUCCAAAUAGUGAUACAUUCCAUAGUUGAAAGGAUAUAAGAAUCCGUUGAGAUUCAAUUGAUCAAAAAAAAAAAAAAAUUUAUUUCUUAAUAAAUGUUGCAAAGCAGGAACCCCGAUACUUGCCAGAGCUGUGUGAGAGACAAAUGAGAAAUAAAAGUAAUCAUUAUUAUUUUA